GGGCGGUGGGCCAAAGCUGAGGCGGCGGUGCUGUGUAGCGGGGCUGGGUCUGGGCAGCGGCGGGUCAGAGCACCUGGCCCAGCGUCGGCGGCUCCGGGGCGGGGGCGCCAGCGGCGAAGCCCCCUCCCCGGGGAGGCGGGGUCGGAACAAGGCCUGGGAAUCAUGCAUCAGAAGCUGCUGAAGAGCGCGCACUACAUCGAGCUGGGCAGCUACCAGUACUGGCCGGUCCUGGUGCCCCGCGGCAUUCGCCUCUACACCUACGAACAGAUCCCGGUGUCCCUCAAAGAUAACCCGUACAUCACCGACGGCUACCGGGCCUACCUGCCUUCCAGGCUGUGUAUCAAAAGUCUGUUUAUUUUAUCCAAUGAGACGGUAAACAUCUGGAGUCAUCUGCUGGGUUUCUUCCUCUUCUUCACCCUGGGAAUAUAUGACAUGACGUCUGUGCUGCCGUCGGCAAGUGCGUCCCGAGAAGAUUUUGUAAUUUGCUCCAUUUGUCUUUUCUGCUUCCAGGUCUGUAUGCUUUGCUCAGUGGGCUAUCAUCUCUUUUCCUGUCAUCGGUCAGAGAAAACUUGUCGAAGAUGGAUGGCAUUGGAUUAUGCAGGCAUUUCUAUUGGAAUACUGGGCUGCUAUGUCUCAGGAGUAUUUUAUGUCUUCCUUUCUUUCUAGUACUGGCGUCAAGUAUACUUGAUCACCGUGCUUGCAAUGAUCCUGGCAGUGUUCUUCGCACAGAUUCAUCCCAAUUACCUCACACAACAGUGGCAGAGGCUCCGCCCUAUCAUCUUUUGUUCAGUUUCGGGCUAUGGAGUGAUCCCAACUCUUCACUGGGUCUGGCUCAAUGGAGGAAUCGGUGCUCCUAUUGUCCAGGACUUUGCACCCCGAGUACUUGUGAUGUAUGUGAUUGCUCUUCUUGCUUUCCUCUUCUACAUUUCCAAAGUUCCAGAGCGGUACUUCCCAGGACAGCUAAACUACCUCGGAUCAAGCCACCAGAUCUGGCAUAUCCUUGCGGUAGUGAUGUUAUACUGGUGGCACCAGUCAACAGUGUACGUCAUGCAGUACAGGCACAGCAAGCCUUGCCCUGACUAUGUUUCGCACCUGUAAAUUCAGGUAUGGCCACCUGGUGAAUCCAGUCAUUAAGCAAUAUACAGCGGGGAAUUUUAGACCCCAUUAUUUCUAAGGUUCUCAUUUUUUUCCUUUUUUUUUUUUUUUGCUUUAUAAAAAUGGAAAAGUAUACUUGGAUCUGUAGUAAGAGCUGUGGUUGACCCUUGCAACUAUGAUUUGCUGUUUGCACAGAUGGUGAAAAUUUAGAUGCAUUGAGACGUGGAACAACAUUGAGUGGUAGCAGUGGGUAUGAAACUACUCUAAAAACGGGGCUCAUUCUACGGAAGACCAACUCCAUUUUCCUAGGAAGGGCUCCUGUCUGUGUGCUUACUGUAUUAGGAGACAUUUUCACUAAAUGACCAAAUUUGCCUCUUCAAGGUGAGGGUUGUAGCCUGUGCUACUCCAGGCUAAGCAUUGCUGCUCAGUAAUCCCAGCCUUCCCAUGCAGCGUGUAGAAACUGGCCCCGAGGAUUCCCCACAGCCAUUUCUCCUCUCCUUAGGGACAUUCAGUCUUCUUUUUUUUCUUUCCUUCUUUUUUUUUUUUUAGUUUGCUAACAAAAAAAUCUUAAUUCCUCCUUUGAGACACAGAGAAAGGUGUUGAGAAAAAAACAUUUUUAAAAAGAAAUUUAGAUUGGCAACCAGGGGCACGAUUGAUCAACACAGUCUGAUGGCUAGAUCAUCAGCUACCUAAUUUUAUUCCAAAUAUUAUUUCAUUCCAUAUUAUAAUUGGAUUCUUGACAGUGAAUUUUGAUUCCACUUUUCCCAAAGAACUUUCAUCUCUAACUCUAGUCCUAAGAUCCAUGCUGAUGAGCUCAAAACCGUGUGGGUGCUACUUGGAAGGCCAUGAGAGCUGAGUGGCCCUGUCUUGACCUCGUGGAGUGAACCUUAAGCCUUAGAGGUCACGCCCACGUCUCACCUGAUAGUGAGAUUAUUCACCGCAGCCCAGCCCCAGGCCUGCUUACACUAGUGCUAACAUUGCAUUGACAACUUACCCUACAGAUAAACACCAUGGACUAUUCAUAGCUGAAGCGUGGUCUUAUUGAUAGUCGAUCCUACUGCCCUGUCAGAUAGUGUAACUUCUAUUCCUUGGACUUUCGAAGAGCAUAAAUUAAAUCAUUUAUAGUAUUCAUAAAACGUCCAUUGUCCACUAAAACACAAAGUAUUACCGAUUUCUUAAUAACAAGCUGGCAUAUUUAACUUAAUAAGUUAAAUACUGACAUAUUUUCAGGAAAAUGGAAUUAAAUAAUAUAUAAAAUUUUUCUUGACAUUGAUGCUUAUUCCCGAAAUGCACUUUCUACAUCUGGUAUUAGGAAGAUUGAUAUGCCUCGGUUUAUGCCUCUGCAGAGUAUUUCUUUCUAGUGUAGUGGUUUCUUUCUAAGUUUCCCAUACUGGAAUGUCAGAAGUUUUCUCCUGUGGGCUUAGUCAAGGCCACCAUUUCAUGACCUCUGUGUGCUAGAAUGCUCCUUUCAAAGUGGCUGUCGUACCUUAGAUCACAAAUUCAAUUCAUAUGCUCAACUGUAGAUGUUCUGGACAUGACGAAAGUAGGCUAUGUUUUUCAAAUAAUAACCUUGGUUGGCAUAUGUUGUUCUUGAAUACACAUUUUACCAUUUUGGCCAAAAUUAAUAUACUAAGUAGUUCUUAAGUAAAAAAAUGAGGAAAGUCCAGCAAUUUUAAGCAUAGAGCCAUUUUUAUUAUGAACUCAAAAAAAUUUCAAUUCUUUUAAGUUUAAUUUUUUUUUCUUU